CCUCAGGACUAGCGAUGGUCCCUCAAAAAACAUGGAAGAGGAUCUUUAUGACUUUUACCCCCGGUAUCUGGUUUGCGGUUAGUUGUUCUCACUUCUCAUCCGCAUCUCUGAUCUAAGCACAAAUCCAGGAGAGAGAGAGAGAGAGAGAGAGUUGAUUCCCAAGCUUGCCAUUGGCAGUUUUGACCUCUCUGAUCUAUACACAAAUCCUGUUAUGACAAAAAUAAACCUCCGAGGAAACAUAAUUAAUUCAAGUCGUCUCUCUCUCUAUCUCUGAGUCCCGUUGCACCUUCGGCUGGUCACUCCGCAACGAAGCUCCGGCGACGAUUUGGCUCGUCCAUGGGGGUUUCUUCCCGAGGCAGUCCGUGGGACGAUGUCGUAGAGAUGACCAAGGCAGCUCAGGGGAAGGGUUGUGACCCUUUAGGCUGGGCUAUACAGAUACAUUCACAUUUAAAUUCAGCGGGAGAGUCCCUGCCUUCGCUGGAGCUCGCCAGAGUUCUAGUAUCGUACAUUUGCUGGGAGAACAAUGUUCCCAUUAUGUGGAAGUUUCUGGAGAAGGCCUUCAUGUUGAAGAUCGUGCCUCCUAUGCUGGUUCUUGCUCUGCUUUCUGUGAGGGUUAUUCCUUGUAGGAAUUUCCAACCUGCGGCAUAUAGGCUAUAUUUGGAACUUCUCAGAAGACAUGCUUUUGAGCUUAAAUCUCAGAUAAAUGGGCCAAAUUAUCUAAAGCUCUUAAGUCUUUGGAACUGCAAUCAUGUUGUUCUUCUGACACUCUAUUCAAUAUGCUCUGCACCAUCAAAACUUGAUAGCUCAAAUUUGUCCUGUGCUUGUGAUUUCUGCAUCACAUCAAAUCCUUUUUCCAUUGUCACUAAAGUGAUUAACAAUCUGUUGCUUCUGUUUGGUAAUCAUAAUUUCAGAUGUACCAAGUUGCUUGAUGCAUCAAUGGAUGAUGAAGGGCUGCUAGAACUUAUUCCUGAAAAGAAAUCCAGAUGGGCAAAUCUAUAUCAAGAAAUGGAACUGGAUAGGCAUGAUAAUUACAAUGAUAAAAAGACUGAGCAUCAAGAGAAACUGAAGAACAUAAAUAUUCUUAUGGCUAUUGAUAUAAUUGGGCAAUUUCUGCAGGAUAAAACAUCUUCAAGGAUUCUUUACUUGGUUCGCCAAAAUAUGCCUAUACACUGGCGAAGUUUUGUCCAGCAGCUGCAACUUCUGGGAGCUAAUUCCUUCACAUUGAGGAAAUCGAGCAACAUAAGUCCUGAGGUAAUUCUCCAAUUCACCUCAGAUACUGGCGUACUUUUGUCUGAAGAACGCAAAAUGAGCUCACAGCAAAAGUUCCAAGCAGUUAUGGCUUUUGAGUAUCUGUCCUCUUCUGCAUCGCACUGCCAUGGUGCCAGUCAUUCUGCUCUCUGGAUUCCUCUUGAUCUGGUACUGGAAGAUGCCAUGGAUGGCUAUCAAGUUAGUACAACGAGUGCUAUUGAAAUAAUUAGCGGCUUGAUAAAAACCCUAAGAGCAAUAAAUGGUACCUCUUGGCAUGAUACUUUUUUGGGUCUCUGGUUGGCAGCUCUUCGUCUUGUUCAAAGGGAAAGAGAUCCUAUUGAAGGCCCUAUGCCUCGUAUUGAUACGCGCUUAUGCAUGCUCUUAUGUAUCAUUCCUCUUGUUGUUGCUGAUUUUAUUGAAGAAGAGGAAAUGACGCCAAUUCAUGAAUCAGACAAUGGUGCAAUAGAUCAAUUGAAGGAGAAGAGUGUUCCAGGAAAGUGUCGCAGUGAAUUAGAAUCGAGUCUACAAGUAUUGGGUGAUUAUCAGAGCUUGCUUGUUCCACCUCAGUCUAUUGUUGCUGCCACGAAUCAGGCUGCGGCCAAAGCAAUGCUAUUUGUUUCUGGUAUCACAAUAGGAAGUGCAUACUUUGAAUCCCUUAGCAUGCAGGAGAUGCCAAUUGACUGUUCUGGAAACAUGCGGCAUCUGAUGGUUGAGGCAUUUAUUGCCCGGAAUUUGCUCGACACAUCUGCAUAUUUGUGGCCAGGUUAUGUGAGUGGACGUAUCAAUCGAUUACCUCAGUGUCUGCCAACUCAAGCACCUGGCUGGUCAUCAUUUAUGAAGGGAGCAGCACUUACUCCAGCUAUGAUAAAUGCUCUGGCUUCAAGUCCUGCUUCAAGCUUAGCAGAACUGGAGAAAAUUUUUGAGAUUGCUACCAAAGGAUCAGAGGAUGAGAAGAUAUCUGCGGCCACCAUUCUUUGUGGGGCAUCCCUACUUAAGGGAUGGAAUAUACAGGAGCACACUGUUCAUCUCAUUAUUAGGUUAUUAUCUCCACCAGUUCCUGCAGACAGCACCGAGGGCAACAACCAUUUGAUUAAUUAUGCUCCAUUUCUUAAUGUACUCAUUGUUGGAAUUGCAUCAGUUGAUUGUGUUCAAACAUUUUCGCUCCAUGGCUUGGUUCCACAGCUUGCUUGUUCGUUGAUGCCAAUCUGUGAAGUUUUUGGAUCAUGUGUGCCCAAUGUCUCAUGGACACUAUCAUCUGGGGAAGAAAUAUCUGCCCAUGCUGUGUUUUCCAAUGCUUUCAUUCUGCUUUUAAGGCUCUGGAAAUUCAACCGCCCCCCUCUUGAACAUGGAAUUGGAGAUGUACCCACUGUUGGUUCUCAGCUAACUCCUGAAUACCUCUUAUUAGUGCGAAACUCCCACUUGAUGUCUGCUGUUAACAUUCACAAAGAUCGAAACCGGAGGAGACUCUCAACAAUUGCUACUUUAUCUUCCCCAAAUUCCAUAUUUGUUGACUCCUUUCCAAAAUUAAAAGUCUGGUACCGGCAGCAUCAAGCAUGUAUAGCCUCAACACUCUCUGGUCUUGUUCAUGGAACACCUUUUCAUCAAAUUGUUGAGGGGAUUCUUAAUAUGAUGUUUAGAAAGAUCAAUAAAGGAAGCCAGACUUCUGUUACAUCUGGAAGCAGUAGCUCUUCUGGACCUGGAAACGAGGACACCUCAACAAGGCCAAAAUUGCCCGCUUGGGAUAUUCUGGAAGCCAUUCCCUUUGUUGUUGAUGCUGCUCUCACAGCCUGUGCUCAUGGAAGGCUAUCUCCUCGUGAGUUGGCAACAGGGCUUAAAGAUUUAGCUGAUUUUCUCCCUGCAUCUUUGGCAACCAUAGUGAGUUACUUCUCUGCAGAAGUAACUCGGGGUGUUUGGAAGCCUGCAUUUAUGAAUGGAACAGAUUGGCCAAGUCCCGCUGCAAAUCUGUUGAAUGUGGAGGAACAGAUCAAGAAAAUUUUGGCUGCAACUGGUGUUGAUGUACCAAGCCUUGCUCCAGGGGGAAGCUCUCGUGCCACACUUCCACUACCCUUGGCUGCCUUUGUAAGCCUUACGAUAACCUAUAAAAUUGACAAAGCAUCAGAACGUUUUCUUAAUUUGGCUGGCCCAGCAUUGGAGUCCCUCGCUGCAGGUUGUCCAUGGCCUUGCAUGCCAAUUGUGGCUUCCCUGUGGACCCAAAAGGCAAAGCGUUGGAGUGACUUUCUUGUUUUCUCAGCAUCUCGAACUGUCUUCCUACACAACAGUGAUGCAGUAGUUCAACUUCUUAAAAGCUGCUUCACAGCGACCCUUGGCAUGAAUAGCUCUCCUCUCUCAUGCAAUGGUGGUGUUGGAGCCCUUCUUGGUCAUGGAUUUAAAUCUCAUUUAUGUGGAGGGCUAUGCCCUGUUGCUCCAGGAAUUCUCUAUCUACGUGUUUAUCGAUCAUUGAGAGAUGUUGUCUUCUUGACAGAAGAGAUUGUUUCCAUCUUGAUACACUCUGUGAGAGAAAUUGUUUCUGGUGAGCUCCCAAAGGAGCGGUUGGAAAAGUUAAAAGCAGCCAAAGAUGGCACUAGAUAUGGACGGGUUUCUCUCUCUGCAGCAAUGACUCGCAUGAAACUUGCCGCUGCACUUGGGGCCUCUUUAGUUUGGUUAUCUGGGGGUUUGAUGCUGGUUCAAUUAUUAAUAAAAGAAACAUUGCCUUCAUGGUUUAUAGCUGUUCACAGAUCUGACCAGGAAGAAAAGUCAGAUGGAAUGGUUGCAAUGCUUGGCGGAUAUGCACUCGCAUAUUUUGCAGUUCUUUGUGGAGCUUUUGCUUGGGGAGUUGACUCUUCAUCAUCGGCAUCAAAGAGACGUCCGAAUGUUCUGGGCAUCCAUAUGGAGUUUCUAGCCAGUGCACUUGAUGGUAAGAUAUCACUCGGCUGUGAUUCAGCGACUUGGCGGGCUUAUGUAUCAGGGUUUGUGAGCCUUAUGGUAGGUUGCACACCAAAUUGGGUUCUGGAAGUAGAUGUAGAUGUGUUGAAGAGAUUGAGCAAUGGCUUGAGGCAGUUGAACGAGGAGAAGCUGGCCCUUGCUUUAUUGAGUGCUGGUGGCUUGCGAACCAUGGGUGCUGCAGCUGAGGUCAUAAUUGACAAUGAAAUGUAACCCCUUUUUCUCCAAUAUAACCUUCUAGGGUUCAUGAUAUCUGUACAGUAGUUUCUUGCUCUUAAGCUGUGCAGCUAUACGCUUCCUUUUUCUAUCAACGGUUCUCUUGGAAAAGUACCACCCAUGAGAAUGAAAUUUUGUAGAUGUUCAUCUUAAGCUGUCAAGUUUAUCAUAUUGUAGUGAUUCUAAUUUGUAAUAUCUCUCCAAUUACAUGGUUCCAACUUCCAGCUUCCAAGA